AUGGACCUCUCAGGCUCUUUGCCUCCACCGUCCCCUUACACCUUCCCUAUUAUCCCCAAUAUCUCUGUGCCCUCCCCCUCCCCUUCCCUCUCCCCAUCACCCAGUGUUGCCUCCACAGCUCUCUUCUGCUCCCUCCUCUCCCUCCUCUCCUUGAUGGGCAUCACAGGAAACCUGUACACUAUGGGCCUUCUGUUGAGGCGCAGGAGAAGUAGACGACGUGGAGCAGGACCGACCUGCUGCCUAAUGAGAGUACCUGUGCCAUCAUGCCUCGCCAACUCCUCCCCGUCCUCCACCCCCAUCUCCUCUGCCUCUCCCUCCUCUUCUCUUCACCUCCAGGUGCUGAGCCUUGCUCUUGCUGAUCUGCUCUACCUUUUCACCGCUCCCUUCAUCGUGUAUGACAGUCUGGCGUCCGGCUGGGCCUUCGGGGAGCCGGGCUGCCGCCUCCUCCUGAGCCUGGACCUCCUCACCAUGCACGCCUCCAUCUUCACCCUCACCGCCAUGAGUCUGGACCGCUACAGGGCGGUGGCACAUCCCCUGCACACCUCCUCCUCCAACUCCUCCGGCCUGCUGCGUGUAGGUCUGGCCUGGGGCCUGGCUGUGGCCCUGAGCCUGCCCAUGAUGAUCACUUUGCACCUGGAGGAGGGGGAGAACCAGGAGGGCCAGCUGUGUGUGCCGGCCUGGGACGAGCAGAGCUCCAAGGCCUAUCUGAGCGUGCUCUUCUGCACCAGCAUCCUCGGACCUGGGCUGGCCAUUGGAGCACUUUAUGCAACUCUAGGCCGGCUUUACUGGGUGUCUCAGACCAGGCCAGCCUGGGCCAGUGGGGGCAGCUCGGCUUGUCCUCCCCGUGCCCCCAAACCCAAAGUCCUGCUUCUCAUCCUGGGUAUUGUCCUGGCUUUCUGGGCCUGCUUCCUUCCUUUCUGGAUCUGGCAGCUGCUGCCUCUCUACCAGCCCGACAUGCUGCGGACAGUUCCAGUAGGGACGCAGGUGACAGUCAAUCGAAUCCUCACAGGACUGACAUUUGGAAACUCAUGUGUAAAUCCAUUCUUCUACACACUAUUGACUGGGAAACGAAGACGCAACCGGCAGGCGCUGACAUCAGCAAAUCAGCUGUGCCGUAAGAGCAGUCCGAUGCAGUAGUGUGUCUGUCUCUAACAGUGGAGACAGUAAUGUGACAACCAUGUACAUGCAAUAGGAGUUCAAUAAUAGGAACCAAAGAUCAUUGAUUUGUCCUUAGCAAAUGAUAGCACUUUGUAUAAAUGCUUUGUGAAAAUACUUCCUGUUUGGAGACAAUCAAAAGGACAAUCUAAAUGAAUGCUUUAUCCUUCUCCAUACUUUGAUGGUCAUAUGAUAAGUGUUGUAAUGGUAAAGCAAAUAACCACAAUGGCAUUUCUAACACAAGUGCUUACUACAGUAAUUACUUCUGCAAAGUAACUUACCCAAAUCAACAGAUUUUAUAAAAGAGGAACGUUUUUAAUAAACAGAAUCCUGUACUGUAUGCAGUAAUAAUAGAAGGGAGGAGUUUUGUGCUGUAUGCUGCGAUGCACAAGCAUUUCCAGUAAAACCCUGAUUCACUUCUGCUUGUUUUCAGAAAUGUUUAAGGAAGAUGUUUGUUUUUAAACAACUGUCUGAGACUGGUCAGAACCUCGUUGGGUCAUUUUUCUGAGACAGUGUUUGUUGACUUAAUGAAUUAUGUUGGAGCAUGUCAACAGUCUUUUGUUUUCUUCCCCUGAACCCCUACAUAUCUAAAACAACUGACUUUUUAUAUAAUCAUGACCUGCAUGUUGGGUUUUUUGUAAUCAUGCAAUGCUUUGCAUGGCUUCAACUUGUGUUGAUUGUAACUGGUGUUUAUAAUAAUGCAUAAUA